CUGCUCGGGUCGCUGCUCCUGGCCGCCGCCCUGGCGCUGCGCGGCGCCACCCGGCCCUGCCCCGCCGGGCACCCGCGCUGCCGCCAGCGCCUGUACCGAGCGCUGGAGCUGUCCCCCGGCAGGAGGAUCAACUGCUCGGGGGUGGUCCGCGGGGACGUGCGGGCCAUCCAGGAGGCACAGCUCAGCAACCUGGAGGUCGCCAACAGAAGGGCUUCCCUGACGCCGGGGCAGUACCUGGACAUGGCCAAGGACUGCAGUGCCUUCAAGGAGAGCCGGCGGUUCAUCGAGUUCCCGCUGAGCCAGGAAGAGGAAGAGUUCCCCAUCGCCUACUCCAUGGUCAUCCAUGACAAAAUCGAGAUGUUCGAGCGGCUCCUGCGGUCCCUCUAUGCCCCCCAGAACGUCUACUGCGUCCACAUUGACAACAAGUCCCCAGCCGCCUUCCAGGAAGCCGUGCGGGCCAUCGUAGCCUGCUUCCCCAACGUCUUUGUGGCGAGCCGCCUGGAAGACGUCGUCUAUGCCUCCUGGUCGCGGCUGCAGGCCGACCUCAACUGCAUGCAGGACCUGUUGCAGAGCCCCAUGCCCUGGCACUACGUCCUCAACACCUGCGGCACCGAUUUCCCCAUCAAGACUAACGCCGAGAUUGUGCGUGCCCUGAAGGUGCUGCAGGGGCGGAACAGCAUGGAGUCGGAGAAGCCGUCGGCGCUCAAGCGGGAGCGCUGGCAGUACCACCACGAGGUGGGGCAGGUCAUCUCGCGGACAGCCACCGAGAAACUGCCGCCGCCCCACGACUACCGCAUGUUCACGGGCAACGCGUACGUCGUGGUCACCCGCGCCUUCGUGCAGCACAUCUUCGAGGACCCCGCGGCGCAGCAGUUCCUCGAGUGGGCCAAGGACACCUACAGCCCUGACGAGCACGUCUGGGCCACGCUCAACCGUGUGCCCGGUGUGCCCGGCGCCAUGCCGCCGAACGACAAGUUCCAGCUCUCGGACAUGAACGCCCUGCCCCGCCUGGUCAAGUGGGAGUACCUGGAGGGGGACACCAGCAAGGGCGCUCCCUACCCGCCCUGCACCGGCCGACACCAGCGCGCCGUCUGUAUCUACGGGGUGGGCGACCUGCCCUGGAUGCUCCAGCAGCACCACCUCUUGGCCAACAAGUUCGACCCCUUGGUGGACGACGCCGCUAUCCAGUGUCUGGAGGAGCACCUGCGGCACAGGGCCCUCUACGGCAGGGGGCUCUGAGGGGAGCCGCCUCACCCUCGCCAGCACCUGUCUCCUUCCGCAGGCGCGUCCAGCGGCGGAGCCUCAGGGGCCGCGCCGUAGGCGGGAGCGUCGCGUCGUGAGGCGA